GAAGCCAGGGGCAUCUCAUUGGGACGUACCACAGCUAACCAAUGCGGGCAGAGGCGGUCUGACCUAUUAUUGAGGAAGGACCUGUUGCAGUACCCGUCUCCCAAAGGAGGCUCUGGCGGAUGCAUAUUCAUCGAUUUUUGUAAUGCUUGAUGAAUGUUGAUGAAGAUGCCCAUGUGGCCGCCCUGCAGAUUUCUUCGACCGAGGCAUUAGUGGAGAAGGCCGCCAAUGCAGCCGCUGCCCUCGUGGAAUGGGCCACAAUUGAGACUGGUGGUCUGAGGCGCUGGGAUUCGUACGCCAUCGAGAUGCAGGCUUUGAUCCAUCUUGCAAUGGUAGUCGAUGACACUGCUGACCCCAUAGAGCAUGGAUGAAAGGAAACGAACAUCGUGUCUGAGGUCCGGAAUGAGACAGAGUGCUUGAUGUAAACUUUGAGACAACGGCGCACAUCUAGCUUGUGCCACUUCUUUUCGGUAGGGUGAGUUGGCCGAGGACAGAAGGAUGGCAGGAACACGUCCUGGGAGAGAUGGAAUGCCAAUGCCACCUUUGAACGCAGGAAGGGGUUUGGGAUCAAGCGUACCGCGUCCUCGAGGAAGAUGGAGAAAGAUUUAUUUACAGACAGAGCCCGAAGCUCAGAGAUUCUCCUGGCUGAGGUAAUGGUCACCAGGAAAGCCAACUUAAACGUGAGGAUCCAAAUAGGAAUGGUUCGAAUUGGCUCAAAGGGAUUUGAUUGAAGAGCUCGGAGGACUAUGUGUAGGUCCCAGGAGGGAAACCUAUGCACUGUAGGUGGCGUUAGAAGAGAAGCGCCUCUUAGGAACCGAUGGUCAGCGUGAGCCUGAGAAAUUUGGGAGUCCAUGCCAGACAGCAUAGGAAGCAGGGACGCUGCCUGUCUUUUUAGGGUGUUAGGACAUAGGCCUUUCUCCAGGACAUCCUGAAGGAAUUGAAGAACAUGUCAGAUGGAUGCGGAGCCUCGUGGAAUGGAGUGUCGAGAGCUCCAAGGCAGGAACGUCCUCCAUGUGUACUAGUAUACUCUUUCAAUUGAGGGACGGUGAGAGGCCAGCAUAGUGUUCAGGACCACGCCAGAGAAGCCUUUUCGCUUGAGAAGGCGCCGCUCAGUCUCCAAGCGGCAAGGCGCAACCAGGCUGGAUCGGGAUGUAGGAUGGGUCUCUGUGAUAGCAGGUUGUGAGUUGGAGGGCAUUCCCAUGGAGGUGCGAUCACUAGAUGUAGUAGUUCUGGAAACCAAGGGCGCCUGGGCCAGAAUGGGGCUACGAGGAUGACUUCCGCCCGGAGAAGUCGAAUUCUGUAGAGCACUCUUGCUAGCAGCGGAGUUGGUGGAAACACAUACAGCAGCCCUUCCAGCCAGGGUGCUGACAUGGCGUUGGUCGCAGUCAUGCCUGGACAUGGGAAUCUUGACAUGAAGUCCGUCAGUUUCUUGUUGGAUGGGGCUGCAAAGAGGUCUAGUACUGGCGAGCCCAACCGUAAUUUGUUUGAAAGUCUUGGGAUGUAGAUUCCACUUCCCUGGUGCAAUGUCCGUGCGACUGAGCCAGUCCACCACUAUGUUGAGUUCUCCUUUCACAUGAUGAGCGAAUAUGGACUCUAGAUGGUGCUCUGCCCAGGAUAGGAGAAGUGUUGCUUCUUGAUGCAUGGACCGGGAUCGGGUCCCUCCCUGCUUGAUGUAAGCCUUGGCCGCUAUGUUGUCUGUCUUUACCAGGACAUGGCUUGCUUGGGUAUAUGACUGAAAAGCUGAGAGAGCUAGCCUGAUGGCUCUGAGUUCCCUCCAGUUGAUGCUGUGAUCCCUUUCUUGGGAGGACCAGAGACCCUGAGCAGACAGGUUUUGGAGGUGAGCUCCCCAUCCUCAGUUGCUUGCAUCUGUGGAGAUGAUGACCCUGGGAGGAUCCAAGAAGGGUUUGCCGUGUAAGAGAUUGUUGGGUACCAGCCACCAUUGGAGAGAGGACCGGAUUGGAGUUGGAAUGGCCAGCUGGAUCUUGGAUUUUCUGGCGAUCGCCUUCUGGUGUGGAAGGAGGAACCAUUAUAGGUCGCGGCGAUGGAAGCGAGCCCAAGGUACUGCAUCUAUCGUGGCUACCAUGAGGCCCAGGAGUUUUGCUAGAUUGCUGAGUGGGGCCUUUGGGGCUGCUAGGAGUCGUCUGACCUCGGACUGGAGAGAUAAGACGACGGUCUGGAGGUAGAGAUAGAGUGGCUGCUGUUGUGUCUAUGGUGACUCCAAGAUGGCGAAUUUGGUGCGAAGGAGUCAGAUGGCUUUUUUCAACAUUUAUUGUGAACCCAUGGAGAUCCAGGACUGAGAGAGUGGCCUCAAGAUCCCUCUGGGCUUCUUGAAUGGAGUGAGAUUGCAGAAGCAAGUCGUCAAGAUAUGGAAAGGCCUGGACCCCUUGCAUGUGUAGAUGUGCCAUUAGUGGUGCAAGGACUUUCGUGAAUGCGCGGGGGGCAGAUGACAGGCCGAAUGGCAAGGCUGCAUACUGGAAGUGUCAACCCACGUAUUUGAAGGGAAAGUACCUCCUGCUGUCCGGGUGGAUUGGAACAUGAAGGUACGCUUCCUUUAGGUCGAUUGAUGCCAGGAGGUUGUGGUGGUGCAGUGCUUCUACUAUUGAUCUUAGAGUUUCCAUGCGGAAGCGGUCCCGGUGAACUGAUUUGUUCAGAUGUUUUAAGUCUAGGACCGCUCUUGUGGAGCCAUCCUUCUUUGGCACGGUAAACAGAAUAGAAUAGACCCCUCUGCCCUCCUCCAUUGAGGGAACUGGUUCGACCGCCUUGAUUUCCAUGAGAUGAUGAAUAGCCUGGAGCAUUCUGGAGUGCUUUUCGAAGGCCCAAGACCUUGGCAUCGGAAGGAACCUGUAGGACGGAGAGAUGGAUUCUAUUUUGUAUCCGUGUUUGAUGAUGUCAAGAACCCAUCUUUCUGAAAUUGAGGCCUCCCAGGCGUGGAGAAACAUGGACAAACUCCCCCCCCCAUGCCAGGUAGGCCUUGCAUCGUUGUUGUUGUUGUUGUCUGGGCUUAGAGGGUGGGGUGGACCUGAAUGUCCCUGCGCCUCUGAAGGACUGGCGUGUUCUAUUCCAGAAGCCUCUCUGUGACCUGUUGUCUGUGCCCCUGAAGGGGUGAAAGCCUCGAAAGGACUGAGUAGGUUGACGAUAUUGGAAUGGCCUACGAAGUGAGGACUUGUCAGUCCUUUUGGGGACAGAGGUCAGCAUGGUCUUCUUUCUGUCUUUGGACUCUAUGAGCACGUCCUGUAAGGCAGAUUCCCCAAAGAGUUUAGUGGAGUCAUAGGGCACAGAGGUAUGGUUGAUCCUAGAGGAAGGAUCCACUUGCCAGUUUUUGAGCCAUAAAUGGCGCCUGCCAACCACCAUGGCCGUGGAGACUCUAGCAGAGAAACAGAUGGCGUCCAGGGUUGCGUCUGCCAUAAAGGCCUGGGCCUUCUGAAUUUUUAAUAGCUGCUGGCACAUGCGUACUGGGUCAGAUGGAGGAUUACUGAGUAACUCAUCCACCCAUAAGAGGGAGGCCCUGGCUGCCAUAGAGGCCGUUGAGGUGGCGCGGGUCACCAGGGCUGAGUUGUAAUGGACUCUUUUAAAUGAGAGUUCAGCUUUUCUGUCCCCUAGAUCUUUGAGGGAUGUUUUGCUGUCCUUUGGCACCAGUGAACCUGACACCAGUUGGGCAAUUGGGGCAUCGAAACUGGGCGUCUUAAGCAUAUCCGAUGCUUUCUGCUGGAAAGAGUAAAAUUUGUUAGCUAUCGCCAUGGGCCUACGAUUUUGAGCUGGUAGGAGCCAUUCCUCUUUAACCACAUCAGAAAAAAGUUCAGGCAUAGGCAAUAAAUCUUUUGCUUUUGCUCUAGGAAAGACCAAAUCACCCUUAGUUGUCUCCUGUUCUAGCAUAGGCUUUGUUUGGAGACCAAUUGUCUUAAUAAUUUUUGUCAUAAGAGAGGGGUAGUCCUCCGCCACAAACAGGCGUUGGGAUACUGAUGACGGUUCCUCCCCAUCCCCACCUGACUUCGCCCUCUUCCUUAUCUGGAACAGUGUCUGAGUCAGGGUGCUGGGGUUCCCCUUCAUAGAAGCCUCAGAAGAGUGGGGGUCUGUACCAGCGGGAAUUGUGAUGACCGGGACUAUAUGUUUUGUUGUUUUGUCUUGGCCUUGGCUUUCUUAGGAGUAGGGGUAGCAGAAGUGCUAGAAGAGGAUUCAGGACUGGAAGACCUGUGCCUAGAUUUACGCUUAGUUUUCUUUGAUUUAGAUUUUUUGGGUGGUCUGACCUGAAGGACUGUAUGGCAUUUUUAAACCAGGCCUGCCAUUCAGGGGGAAUUGUUUUAGGUAGAGACAAGACUGGACUCUAGCCGGCAGCUGCUACUAUGUGAACUGUGCUCGGGGAUGCAGCAGUAGAUUUUGCCCCCCCCCCCCCCGCUCUUUUGAUGAAGAUGGGAAGGGUUGGCUGUCCCCAUCCCAGGUUGCCCCACUGGUGGUACUUGCGGUUGUUUCCUGUGUGCUGUCUGCCAUCCUUAUUUCUUGUGCCUGCAGAGAGAUGGCCCAUAUCUCCUCCGAUGUCGGUGCAAGUCAAGGCUUGGUGACGGAGGAGGAGGAUGUGACUCCCAGCAUGGAAAGUUCCAGACAAUUGGAAGGACCUGGGAAACCGGAGAAAGCAGAAAAUGAAGCUUUCCAAGCACCUGAGCCAGGAGACUCUUUGGAAAAUCUGGAAAGAACAGAACAGCAAGAGAGAUUUCUUCCCCAAAAAGGUAUAAGCAAGCCGGUGCUCCGCAUGGCAGGUGAUAAAAACUUCAACAUAAACAAAUGCAAGCGGCAACUGACAUGCAGGGAGUGUGGAAAGAGCUUCAGCAAUAGCUCAAACCUGAUCGCCCACGAGAGGAUCCACACAGGAGAGAAACCCCACAAAUGUCUGAGGUGUGGGAAGAGCUUUGGUAAGAAAUCAACCCUUGUGGCCCAUGAGAGGAUUCACACAGAGGAGAAACCAUAUGAAUGCUCCGUCUGCGGGAGAAGCUUCAGCCAGACCUCGAGCCUGAUUGCCCAUGAGAGGAUCCACACGGAAGAGAAGCCCUACGAGUGUUCAGAGUGCGGGCGGAGCUUCAGUUUGAAAUCGAGUCUGGUCGCCCAUGAGAGAAUCCACACUGGAGAGAAGCCGUACCAGUGUUCAGACUGCGGGAAGAGCUUCAGCCAGAAGUCUGCCCUCAUUGCUCAUGUGAGAACCCACAAAGGGGAAAAACCCUACACAUGCUCAGUGUGUGGGAAAAGCUUCAGCCAGAGCUCCAAUCUAAUUGCACAUGAAAGAAUUCAUACGGGAGAGAAACCCUAUCAGUGCUCAGACUGCGGGAGAAGUUUCAAUUGCAGCUCAAGCCUUAUUAGGCACCAGAGGAUCCACACAGAGGACAAACCGUAUGAAUGCUCAGACUGUGGUAAAAGCUUCAGCUGCAGCUCAAGCCUCAUUAGACACCAGAGGACCCACACGGGAGAGAAACCCUAUCAAUGUGCAGACUGUGGCAAAACUUUCAGUGUGAGUUCCCAGCUUAGUGUGCAUCAGAGAACCCACACGGGAGAGAAGCCGUAUGAGUGCUCAGACUGUGGGAAAAGCUUCAGCGUGAGGUCCAGUCUUAGUGCACACAAGAGAAUUCACACAGGCAAGAAACCUUAUAAAUGUACAGACUGUCCCAAAAGUGUUUACUUGAGGUCCAGCCUCAAUGCCCACAAGAGAAUACACGGCGGAGAAAAGCCAUAUGACUGUUCAGAUUGUGGAAAGAUGUUCACUUGCAGUUCAAGCCUUAUUAGACAUCAAAGGAUACACACAGGGGAGAAACCAUACAACUGUGCAGACUGUGGGAAGAGCUUCAUUUUGAGUUCCAACCUGAUUGCCCAUCAGAGGACUCAUACAGGAGAAAAACCGUACCAGUGCCCAGACUGUGGCAAAUUCUUCAGUGUGAGUUCUCAGCUCAAUGUACACCAGAGAACCCACACAGGGGAGAAGCCCUAUGAAUGUUUGGACUGUGGCAAGAGCUUCACUUGUAGUUCAGGCUUGAUUAGACAUCAGAGAACCCACACAGGAGAGAAACCGUAUCGAUGCUCAGAAUGUGGGAAAAGGUUCAACCUGAGUUCAAAUCUUAUUGCCCACCAGAAGACCCAUACAGGAGAGAAACCGUAUAAAUGUGUGUACUGUGGGGAAAGUUUCUAUACAAGGCCCAACUUUGUCGAACAUCAUAAAGCCAAUCAUGCGGAUGCUAUAAAUAUGAAAACAGAUGACAACAAUGUUAAUCGUAAUUCCCAAUCUAUCAGUUACCAAAUAAACUAUGUAGGGUGGGACUGAUGAAAUGGAUGUUGAUAACCUGGGGAAAGUUCUGCUCAAAACCCACUGAAUGAAUGGGAUCUGUCACACAAGGUUACUCAUGUAAGAGAACGUAACACCCAGCCGGCCUCAAAUUACCAUAAAUAUUUAUAUACCACUUUUUGAACAAAAGUGUUCAAAGCAGUUUACAUAAAUAAAUAAAGAAAAUGGUUCCAAACCUUUUAA